ACGUAAUACGACGUCACGACUUCCGGAAGCCGGCUUUGUGGUGCUGACGCUGGCGCUCCAUAGAAGGAAGUGGGGCAUGUGAACGAAGGGCUGCGGAGGCGCCGGAUUUAAAUGUCAGAAAGGCGUAAGGAAGGGAGUGCAAGAGAUGGCAGGAUUACCAAGAAAGGCCAAACAGAAUACCCUGGUCCCUAAACAAGAACUGUCGUUCAUGAACACAUCUGACUCUGAAGAUGACAAGGACUUUCAGGAAGAAGAUGAGUGGAAACCAGAAAAGAAAGCACCUAAAGCAAAGGCCCAGCAAAAAGCUUCUACUGCAAAGCCCCGAAAAGCUGCAGCAAAAAGCUCCACGGGCAAGGCAAAGUCCGAAGGAACCCCUCGUAAGCCAAGGAAGCCAAAAUCAACAAAACUUGAUACAAACACUGGGCAAGAAGCAUUACCAGGCCAAUUGACCAUUAAACAGGAGAAGAAAGCACCAAAGAAAACCCCUGUGAAGAAGAAAACCCCUGUGAAGAAGAAAACCCCUGUGAAGAAGAAAACGGUUCAAAGCAUAAAUCCUGAGGAAGUCCAUAUUAAAGAAGAGAGGAGAAGUUUAGGCAUUGCUGAUUUUCCUUCCACAAGUAGUUUGCCAAAGAGCACAUUAAUAAAGGAGGAGAAAGCAGAUAUGUUGUUGAAAAGAGAAGAACCUGAGGAUGAGGAACCCCCAGAUGAUUUUACAUUUGGAGAACCUCCCUUAAAAAAGUUGAAACCAUCCUCUGAUUCAUUUGGGAAGCCUGUAAAGCGCAUGAACCCCAGCGCCACCCAUGAGGGGCAUCAGAUGAACUGGAACUUUGUUGAGGUUCUCUCUGAGAAGACCAACGUUGAGCCAUGGGUUUGUUCAAACCUGAUCCAGCUCUUCCAGGAUGAGAACACAAUUCCCUUCAUUGCUCGAUACAGAAAAGAGCUUAUUAACAACCUGGAUGCUGACGCUUUACGAGAAGUACAGCAAGGACUGGAGGAGUUACGUUCUGUGGCGAAGAAAGCACAUACACUGAUAGAAAAACUGAAGAAAGAAGGGAAACUGAACUGUGGCUUGCACACAGCCAUGUUAAACUGCAGAUCAGCAGAUGAAAUUGAACAUGUGUACACCCCUUUCAAGACCGGUAGCAAAGGAACGAAAGCUCAAAGAGCCAAACAGCUUGGACUGGAAACUGCUGCAAAAGGUCUUAUUGAAACCCCUGCACAACUCAACCUAUGCUCGUAUAUUAGAAAUAAUGCUGAAGGCCUUUCAACGCUGCAGGAUAUAGAGACGGGAGUGCAACAUAUUUUAGCCGAUAUGUUUGCUAAAGACAAGGAUACUCUGGAGCACAUCAGGAAUAUGUGUAAGCAGAACAAUGUGACAAUCCACUCGACACUCGCCAAAGCCACAGGAAAGGAAAAAGAAGGAAAUGUGAAAGAUGUGGACAAGUUCCAUUUAUACCACGACUUUACUUGCAGUGUAAAUAGAAUCCAACACCAUCAGAUUCUGGCCAUAAACCGAGGGGAAAAUCUGAAAAUCCUGACAGUAAAGGUCAAUGUUCCUGACAGGGUGAAGGAUGCUUUCUGUCGGUGGUGUGUGAAUGAAAGGUGGAGACCAAAACAGUACGCAAGGCCAGAUCUCAUGAAAAUACUGCAUAACUCUGUUGAAGAUUCAUACAAGCGACUGAUAUAUCCUCUUCUUUGCAGGGAAUACAGGUCAAAAUUAACUUCAGAUGCAGAGAAAGAAUCCAUAAUGAUGUUUGGACGAAACCUGCGACAGUUGCUUCUUGCAAACCCCGUUCGUGGGCGGACGAUAAUGGGGGUUGAUCCUGGGUAUAAACAUGGCUGCAAGCUUGCGAUCAUCUCCCCCACUAAUCAGAUCCUGCACUCGGAUGUUGUGUACCUGCACACUGGUCACGGACGUGGUAUCCAUGAAGCAGAGAAGAUUAAGAGGCUUCUACUUAACUUCAACUGCUGCACAGUUGCCAUUGGAAACGGAACGGCCUGCAGGGAAACGGAGCGCUAUUUCGCCGAUUUAAUUCAGAGGAAGUUUUUUGCGCCUCUUGACGUCGUCUAUUGCAUUACCAGUGAAGCGGGUGCCUCUAUUUACAGUGUGAGCCCAGAAGCCGCUAAGGAAAUGCCGGACCUGGAUCCGAACCUUCGCAGUGCAGUUUCCAUAGCAAGACGUGUACAAGAUCCAUUAGCUGAGCUUGUGAAAAUUGAGCCCAAACACAUUGGCGUUGGAAUGUACCAGCACGACGUCUCCCAGACUUUGCUAAAAGGCACGCUGGACAGUGUUGUGGAAGAGUGUGUGAGCUUUGUGGGAGUGGAUAUAAACAUUUGCUCUGAAACACUGCUCAGGCAUAUUGCUGGGCUGAAUUCUGUAAGAGCCAAGAAUAUCAUAGAAUGGAGAGAGACAAAUGGUCCAUUUAUUAACAGAGAGCAGCUCAAGCUUGUCAAAGGUCUGGGUCCUAAAUCCUUCCAACAAUGUGCCGGCUUUAUUAGAAUUAACCAGGAGUACGUCCGAAGUUUUUGCAGGGACCAACCAACCGGAGGAACAGACCCAGCCAAUCCCAGCCGCAGUUCUUCUAAACAGGGCAAAAAGACAAGUAAAACAGCUGCAAGUGUGUCCUUAAAGCCAAACCCUUUGGAUCAAACUUGUAUCCACCCUGAGUCAUACAGUGUAGCAACGAGGUUCCUUGUCCUGGUGGGUGGAAACACCAACGAUACCGGCACUCCCAAAAUAACAGACCAAGUUAACAGGUUCACUCAACAAGCGGGAGUUGAAAGUGUUGCCCAGAAACUGAACACAACUGUGCACACGUUACAGCUAAUUAUCGACGGCCUCUGCCAGCCCGAAGGCUUUGAUAUCCGCACAGAGUUUGACAAAACCGUCUUUAAGACAAAUAUCGUCUGCCUUGAAGAUCUCCGAGUUGGAACCAUCCUGACGGGCAAAGUGGAGAACGCUACUUUGUUUGGCGUUUUCGUUGACAUCGGCGUGGGUAAAGCAGGACUGAUCCCCAUGAGAUUUAUAACCGAGGCGAAGCUUCCUAAACCGAAGAGGAGAAGAAGUCUCGGCCUUGGACCUGGAGAGCGAGUGGAAGUGAAAGUUAUUAGCAUUGACAUCAAGCAGUCAAGGAUAUCACUUGAUCUUCUUCGAGUUCUCUGAUUAAUGUUUCCUUAAGAAAACAGUAAAGCACGAGGGAUUAUUGUUGACAGAACUUCCCUUCUCAACAUGACUUCGACUCCGGAGCAGAAUCUGCCUCCUGUCGUUCCUCAGCUGCGCUACUGGAAGCACGGAAGCCCAACGACACCUCUGGUGGUUUUAUAUGUAUAUAUAUUUUUCUGUUUGUUUAUGUGUUUGUUUUAAAUGGUUUAGUUAAGCCAAGGCAAACACAGGGCUGCCCUCCGCUCCUAUGUAAAUAUUCAGAAAAUGAGUCCGGCUGUACUUUUGAUUUGGUUGGAAUUUUGUUUUAUUUUUAUAAAAAUACAGUUUCG